GAGAGCAGUGGAGAAACGCACGUAGCGUCCUCCUCUCACAGACGCAUCAUUGGCUGCACGUCAGCGUGACUCAAGUGAUUCAGCGCUGACAGAACAGGCUACAGCAGUGAGAUCACAGCACUACAGUCAGAUGAACAGACCUCAUUCAAGUGCUUCUUCUAAAGAUGUGUGCCGUCCGAACGUGAUGGUCCUGGUGCCAGAGGGCAUCAUCAGACAGAGAAUAACCUUCAUCACAGAGUAUUGCUAAGCUGAGACCUGACCUGUACUGAGCAUCAUGGGUGGAGCGGUUGUCGACACUGGUGACAGCGGGGUCAAGGCACCUGAUGGAGGAUGGGGCUGGGCUGUCCUCUUCGGCUGCUUCGUCAUAACUGGUUUCUCCUACGCAUUUCCCAAAGCAGUCAGCGUCUUCUUCAAAGAGCUCAUCCGGGAGUUUGGAGUGGGCUACAGUGACACUGCUUGGAUCUCCUCCAUCCUCCUUGCAAUGCUUUAUGGCUCAGGACCUCUAUGUAGCAUCCUAGUGAACCGUUUUGGGUGUCGCCCUGUGAUGAUGGUUGGGGGCCUUUUUGCCUCGCUGGGUAUGAUUAUGGCAUCCUUUGCAACCAGCAUCAUUCACAUCUAUCUCUGCAUAGGAGUCAUAACAGGUUUGGGUCUUGCUCUGAACUUUCAGCCAUCCCUCAUCAUGCUGAACAGAUAUUUCAGUGAGAAAAGGCCCUUGGCCAACGGCCUGGCUGCAGCAGGAAGUCCCGUGGCUCUGUGCUGUUUGUCUCCUCUUGGUCAGGUUCUUCAAUCCAAGUAUGGUUGGCGUGGAGGCUUCCUUAUACUUGGAGGGAUACUACUGAACUGCUGUGCAUGUGGAGCUCUCAUGAGGCCCUUGAAAGCACCGAAAAAAACAAGCGAGGUGGAAGAGAAAAAAGAAACGAAACCCAAACCAAAGUCCAGGCUUCUUGAUUUCACUGUCUUUAAAGAUCCUGGCUUUGUGAUUUACACGGUGGCCGCGGCCAUUAUGGUGCUUGGUCUUUUUGUGCCUCCUGUGUUUGUGGUAAGCUAUGCCAAGGAACUGGGCAAUGAGGACACAAAGUCUUCCUUGUUGCUCACCAUACUGGGGUUUAUUGACAUGUUCGCCAGGCCCACGUGCGGCAUCAUCGCUGGGCUCAAGUGGGUGAGGCCACGCUGCGUUUACUUCUUCAGUUUCGCUAUGAUCUUCAAUGGCGUCACUGAUCUUGUCGGCUCCAUGGCCAAAGAUUAUCCAUCUCUCGUGGUGUUCUGCAUCUUCUUCGGUAUCUCCUAUGGCAUGGUUGGAGCCUUACAGUUUGAAGUGUUGAUGGCCAUUGUGGGAACGGAGAAGUUCUCCAGUGCCAUCGGUUUGGUGCUGUUGGUUGAAGCCAUUGCUGUGUUGGUGGGACCACCUGGAGCAGGUCGCCUUCUGGACGCCACAAAGAACUACAAGUAUGUCUUCCUGCUGGCCGGUUGUGAAGUGGUUCUCUCUGCCCUUGUGCUCUGCAUCUGUAACUUGCUUUUCAUCAAAAUAAAGCCCCAAGAGCCUGACCCUCCAGCAAAGAUGGAGAUGGCCAUUACUGAGACAGAGAUGGAAGAGCUCAACAAAGCGCCACAGGACGACCAAGGCAACGGAGGUGGUGCUGGUGAGAAUAAGAAGCAAGCCAUCGAACCGGAAGCAACAACAGAAUCUGAUAAUAAAAAGGUUAAAGAGUUGGACUCGAUAGAGUUGGAGAACGCUUCCAAAAAGGUGACUGAACUAAACGGUGUGACUGUAGAACCUGAAUCCUCUCUGUGAAGAUACUAGAACAAUAGUUAUGACAGAGCUUCCCCAGUAGGACUCACAGAUGUGCGUUUGAUGUUGUGGUGAAUGCUUUUUGUAUCGCGCUUUGAGUGUGGUUGCGAGGACCGCUUUCAGACCUGCUCUGCAGUUCAGAUAUUUCAUAUGCAUCUGGAUUUUAGGCCAGUCACUGUCCUGCAUAUGUUAAGAAAUUACAGGAUAUGUUCUCAAUAGGUUCUUGCAAAAACCGAUUAAAUUAUUCAUACUAUCAGAUUUUUGGUCAGUAUACACUCCACAUCAGAGCAGGGCACCAACAUUAUACUGAAGAUUACCAGCUUGCUUCUUUGUGGCAUUCAGUGUUUGCUAAUGUGGACUGUUGGUUUGUAGUAUCUUUUAUCAUCUACUUUUACAUUUUAAACUGGUCCUGAGAGCGCACUGAAUUUUUAAAGCUUGUCCUGUGGUUUAGACAAAUCCAACCACACAUGACAUGCAAAUGAGGUUCUUAGUCUCUUUAAAUUUUUUUUUUUUUUUUUUUUAAUUUUUUUUUUUUUAUUAAACGUUUUUGAGGAAUGUACAGAAUUCAGAUAUGCUUAUUUUUGUGGCACUUUUCAAAGUAUAACUGUUGGAGGACAAAGCUGUUACUUUUUUUUUUUUUUUUUUUUUUUUUUAAACUUGUGUGUAUAGAGUAUCAGUAUUUAUAUUGAAGUGUUGCUGUGAGGUGGCAGCUGCAUCUCAUAUUUUAUUUUAUUCAUCUAAAUGUCAGUGUUUUCAGACCAACUGCAUCAAUCAGGAGAGGACCACAGCUUGUACUUGUGAUAUGUUGGUUAUGUAACAUUUAUUUUUAGUUCAUUCAACAUUCAUUUAAAUUCAUUGUUUUUCAGUGGGCAUUUCUUUUUUUUUUUUUUUAACCAAAUAGUACUACAUGACUUUGAAAAUGGUGGCACAGUUAAAGCCCUUCUAAACUUUACCUUGUUUUAUCUUUCACCAGCAGUUUGUGAGUAGGGACCCUCUUCUAUGUUCUAAAGACACUUGAGCUAUUUUUGGUUGUGCCUUAAGUCUUGUAGCCAUACAGAAUUUGUGAAUCACUUCAGAAAUAAAUACAUCCUUCCCUCUC